ACAGGAUUGUCUAUUGUGUCGGAUUUCGUGAACUUAUAUCGUCGUCGGUCGAUGCCAAUAUUUUAUGAGUUAAAGAAUUAUACUGUUAUGAUCUAGUGUAACGUUGCAUAUAUGAUUUUUAUGGAAGUAACUUUGCCGGGGGAAUAAGGCAUUGAAAGCGAGUAUUAUGUAUUAUGUCAUGAUCGGAUUUCACAGUCAAGGUCACAACGUCGUUGGUAAUUUGAGCGUGCCCUUGCAGUCUACCAUAUGCAGAUGGUUCAUGGAUGAAGCCAAUUGAUUUAAAUUGUAAAAGUUGCCAAGUCGAUUAAUGGAUGCAGUUAUUGAUUCUUGCUCUAUGCAUAUGCUUCGUGCGUUAAAAUGUCCACUUGGAAAAAGCGAAGCUUCUUGGUUGGUGGGUUCCAAAGUUGAAUUUCCCGGUUCUGGAAAGACCGAUAUUCUGUCGAUGUCGAUGCGAUUGACGCACUCUAUUUCGGCUGUUCAAGUAUUCGACUGUGUUGAAAAUGAUGAUGUAAACUUAUUGAACUACAAAUUGGAGGAAAAGCCUCAUUUGAUUGAAGCUCGUGAUGAGGAAGCACAGACGCUUUUAAUCGUUGCCGCACAAAAAGGGUGCGUAAACAGCCUUCGUGAAUUACUGAAAAAAAAUUCCAAAGAUGUCAACGAAACUGACAAGGAUGAAACCACAGCAUUAAUUGCUGCAGUGAAAGAAAAUCACGAACAGUGCGCGGUUGAACUUUAUAAAAAUGGUGCUGAUCUAACUUUAACAGAUAAGAAUGGUUGGGGACCAGUCACGUGGGCAGCAUACAGAGGUCAUUUACCUGUUGUAAAAAGAUUGCUGCAAUGGGGUGGAGACCCAAACGAAUCUGGACCGCAUGGUAUGAAUCCUGUCAUAUGGGCUUCCGGUCGUGGACACCAAACGGUCGUUGAGGAGUUUCUUGAAGCUGGUGCCAACCCUAACUCGUGCGAUAAGUACGGAACGUCAGCUCUGGUGUGGGCGGCGCGUAAAGGCCAUGUUGGUGUUAUUAAAGCACUUCUCGAUAAGCAAGCCGACAUUAAUAAACCUGGAAACAACGGUUGGACGCCUUUAAUAAUGGCUGCCAAAGAAGGUUUUGAACAAGUCGUGGCUUUGUUACUCGAUCGUGGCGCUGAUGUGAACUUUCUGGAUCAUGAAAAAAAUUCCGCAUUGAUUUUGGCCGUGAAAUACGGGCAUACUGAGAUAGUUCAAAAACUCGCCAUUCAUGGGGCCUACAUUAACAUACGAGAUAAGGAUGGAAUGCCGGUCUUGGUCACUGCAUGUAAAGAUGGAAAUGUAGAAAUUGUACGAUCAUUGUUGAAAAAUUAUGCCGAUGUUGAAGCAGGAGAUAUGAGCGGAAAGACUGCAUUGUGGUACGCUGUUGAAGAAAAUAACGUUGAUGUUGUUAAAGAACUUUUAGACCACGAUGCUUUUACGGAAUCUAAACGAAAGGACGGCGAAACUCCGUUAUUGUUGGCUGUAAAUAAGCGCCACGUAGAGAUCACGUCACUUUUGUUGGAAAAAAGCGCCGACUUGUUUGUCAGCAAUAAGAAGGGAGAUACAGCCUUGCAUAUUGCAGUUCGCAAUCGAUAUCGUCGAAUUGCUGAGAUAAUUCUUAAAGAUCCCCGAAGUGCCCGAUUGCUUUAUCAGACGAACAGAGCUGGGGAGACGCCAUACAAAAUUGAUCAGCAUCAUAAAAAGAGCGUUUUGAAGCCUUUUUUAGGUAUGGUUGAUGACGACAGACACUUAACAGGGGAAUUACUUGGUCAUAAUGCGUACGCUACAUCAUUGGCUGAGUUGCUUAGUGAACCGUGCCUAGAGCUACCUCUUACCGUUGGUGUAUACUCAAAAUGGGGCAACAACAAAAAUUACUUUUUUAAAAAACUUCAACAGGAAAUACAAGCAAUAACUCAAGAAACACAUCGUACCAAGCUGCACUUCACAACAUUUGGAAUAUUAUCGUGUUUGUUUUUCUGUGGUUUGAUUGGUGUUCUAUUUUGUGCCCUAUUUCAUUGGACUGUCGGCGUCGGCGUCGGAAGCAUUUUAUUUAUUGUUUGUGUGGCUGCCUUCUCGUUGGUUCUCGUGUGGGACACUAGAUUGUACGAAAGAGGUGAUACCUCGUGGAUUGGCCAGUUCUUUUAUAGAUUUUCGAAUUAUUUUUAUUUAUUAUACUUGAUCAUUUUCUUCCAACCCCCCACGAUAACGUUUUUUCGUUCCUCCCAACCCGUACGUUAUGCAUUCGUAGAUUUUAGCAAACUAACAAGAAACAUUAACGAAGCAACAGCGCUUGUCAAUAUGAUUGAAGCAUUGAACGACGUGUUAGAAAGGACUUUCGGCCGAGUUCCUUCAAGACUUUACCGUGUACUUCGGCCAGCAGCAGUCGAGUAUGUGGGCCUUAAGUAUAUGCGACCACAGUUUAAGAAAUGUUGUUGUUGCGUGCCAAAGUUAGUGAUAUUUUGCUUCGUUGUUAUAUGUGGUGCGAUCAGUGUUAUUUUGUACAGUCUGGAUGGAUGGAAACAUGGCUCCCUUGUUGCUGGUCUACAAAUCGCAGGCGCGUGCAUCGUAGGUAUAUUUUUGGUUGUACACAUAACGACGUUUUGCUCCGUCAUUUAUUCGCUGCUCUUCUCGCCUAAACGUCGCGUAUCUAUUGUUGCCACUCAAUUGGGCCUUAAGGAGGAAGGCUUCAUCCAUGCGCUAAAGCAGGAAGUUGAGCUGCUUACAGAAAUCGUGCUGGCGCUGGAUAGCUUUAGAAAUGUUCAAACUCGAAUUAUUCUAUCACUUGAUGGACUCGAUAUUUCUGAGCAACAGAAGGUAAUACAUCUUGUGGACUCUAUGAACUUGCUUUUCACAGACGCCGACGCUCCAUUCGUCUGCAUGAUCGCUAUGGAUCCUCGCGUCAUGAUACGGGCCAUCGAACAAAAUUUCAGCGAUGUAUUGCAGGAUUCGCACAUUACUGCGUUAGAUUAUCUUCGGAACAUUGUUCAUAUUCCGGUUUUCCUACCUGAACCUAAAACAAACUUUACUGUAAACCUACCUGACGCAUUGUUGGUAUCUGUCGAGCAAUUGCUCCUCCGACAAAGGAGAACAAGUGGCUUCGACUUAGAAUGGGAGGGUGAAGUUUUGGAACUGUCGACGCAGCAUGCGCAUGAGCAUCGAAAGGGUAACCGCUUUUCAGAGUCGAAUGGCUUCCCACAUAGUACCAUAUUAACUAUUGACGACAAUGGUGCAGCUGGCUGUCGUUUAAGUAGAAGCUUUAUUGAUGUCAGUUUUGAGAGAUACGAAGAGACGCCUGAUUUGACACAUGUUCUGGCAAACAAUGAGACGCUUACCCCCCUUGGGAUACAACGAUUACUACAUACAACUUCGUUAAGUGGGCGAUUACUACGUGCGAAAGGCAUUGGUUUUCAAUGGAACGCUUUAGCAACUUGGGUCAGCCUGGUGGAUGCUUGGCCACACAGGGUCUCUUGGCUUGUGUUGAUUUUAGAAGAAUUUAACGUAUUACCAGACAAUUUACCAUUAAAGACAUUGUUUACGACAACUCAAGCUUGGAUGCCAAUUUCUAUAGGAUACGAAUAUGCAAUAGAUAACGAUCCUGUUUAUUUCGAAGCUUACCUUGGUAAUCAUUACCCAGUGUUGAGGGUUGAAGAAGCGAGGAAUUUUCUCCCGGGAACAGUGAAUCUUGAUCCGGCUAUAAGGAACCAGCUAUCACAAGGUCUACGACAGAAGCAAAAGUUAACGGUAAACAAGAGCGUCAUUGUAGACGAUGGUGUUGACUGGGAAUCGUGGGACUCAGUGAAUAUGACGUCACUAAGUGAAGAAGGCGUUUGUAUGAAGCUUUCCCAAAUUCAUGGCAUUAGUAUUUCCUUGGUUCAUACUUAUCAAACGAUUAUACGUGAAAACAACAUAAACGGUCAAGUAUUGCUUGAAUGUGACAUCCAGGAGUUGAAAGAUGUUAUGAAGAUGAAUUUUGGCGAUUGGCAAUUGUUUCGUGCGUGGAUUAUGCGUCAUCGAGCGACACAACAGACAUCGCAAUCUUGCGAAGCAAAACCGUCAUCAUCUUGGCCAAGUGGACAGAAACAUUGCGAGAGAAAGACUUCUAAUGAUACCUAUCACAAAAUGGGAAAUCUACCUUGUGGAAAUUCGCGAGCAAAUGGGAAAAAAUACGGCCGUGAUGAGAAAAGGACAAACGAGAAGAAAGAUGCUGUGAAUAAUCAACCUAUACCGAAGAUUAUCGUGGAUCCUGGCUCCAGCUUUAACAGCCUUCCGGAAACUGAGGAUGUUGGUGACGUUACCAUUGAGAAGAUGAGUACUAAGCAAGAUAAAUGUAUUAUUGAGAAUGAAGAAUCCUCAAAAAGCACCGACUCAGACGUUAAGACAUCGAAUUCAACAGAUGUUCAAGAUCUCUACACGAUAGCACCGCAAGCUAGUUUUAUUGACACCAGUGAUGAGGAAAAUUUUGACGAAGUCAGUCCUCUGACGAAAGGAAAAUCAUCAACUGUACCUGUUGCGUCUAACAACGGAUUUAGCAAACCAUCUUCAUCGAAACACAAAGUUGCUUUAUCGAAAGGGAAAGACCACUAUUCAAACACUAUGAAUCCUGUGGAAGAUGAAGAUGAAUCCAAAAGGGUGACGCCUAUACUCUUUACAUUAUCCCCUACCAAGAAAGGUACCAAACAGGUUGUAUCUGUUGUUGCAACCCGAGAGUUGCCUGCGUCUUUCUCUCGACCUUCAAGUGUGCCAAGCACACCAGUGACACGCAAACCCAACAUUCAGGUUCGCACAGUAAAAAGUCCAAAGUCGUUUCGGGGAUUCUUUCCUUGCAGCAGCUCGCAAAUAGAUGAGAAGAGGGGCACUAGUUCCAGUUCCUACACGUCAAGAAAGAAAGAUAUUUCGAAUGAUGAAAAAAGUGUCAUGCUUUCGCAUACCGACGAGUUGAACUUCACUGAAAACCAUUGUGAUAAACAAUCAAAUGAUCGCGAUUUGAAGAUGCACAUUUUAGUGAAAGGGGAAGAUAAAGAAUGUGGAGAUCACGGCUUUCCGAAGAACCGACAUGAGUCUUCUUUCUCAAGUGGUUCUGAUGAAAUGCGUACAGUUAAAAAGGACCUUUCCCACAUUUCCAGGAAUAUCGUGAUGGUGUAUGAAUCUGAACCACCACCGAGCCGAGAAUCUUUACUAUGUCAGAGAAAUUCCAAGCAUGACAGCUUGAGUGAUAAAGGCUCGAACACUAAUGAAUCUUUUGACGAUUCCCCAAACAACAGCGAUAAAGGAUACGAGUCGGUAGACAACUCCCAAUUCGGCGAAUCAGAUGAAAUUAGUUACCGUUUGCGAACGGUGGAUGGUUGUGAUCGUAACUCUAAACCGCUGAACCAAAGAAAUGCUGAAAAUUGUGAGCCAAAUAAACUUCAUAAAAUCAACGUCGUUACAAAUGUUCCCUCGGAUCAGACGCCAUCUUUUUGGGUUCCACACCAGGAUCAGGGAGCUGUGACUUCUGAUAAUAAUGUAACAGGGAACACGGGCACCAGCCGUCAACUUGAAAAUAAUGUUCUAAGCCAAACAUCGGUGUAGCCAUAAGCUGUUGGCUUUAGCCAGAAAGUUGCAUGCAACAUAUGAAAAAGCGUUUACGAAGAAAGUAUGAAAAAAAAGAAAAAAUCGUCUUUAUUUUUUCAUAUCUGCGAUAGUGAGAUAUAUUGGAGGCUUAUCGUGAUGAUCUUUAGUCGGGGUUCAGUGUUUUUCAAUUUAAAUAAUUUAUGUAAUAAUGACAUUGUGGGAAUUUUUAAAAAAUAUUUAUAAAUUGAAACUGUCACUUUGGCUUAUUUUUACCUACUUAUGAGUUCAUUAAUGAAAAAUAUCAUAAAGCACCAUGUUCAAGAGAGUGUGUUUACAUUAUUUUUAGUCCGACUUAGCUUAGUAAUUGUGUAUGUAAUGUAUUAGCACAGAAUAAGAAUAUACAGAAGAGUCACUCGUGUCGGAAGCUUUGACGUUUUUGGCCUAGCGCUUGUCCUGCCGCGCAUGGUGGCCGCCAUUAUUCCAGUCAGAUGAUUAGGGUUUUUGACUUUUUCCAAACCUUUAAAAUGAUCCGAAGUCAUUUCUUAAGUCAAAGUAUACUGGAAUCAUUAUUAAGUAUUGACGUCAUGUAAUUUUACUGCUUGGAAACAAGUGAGAAAUCCUAAUAAUCUGGCUGAAAUAAUGGCCCACAUGAGGACGGGUUUGAUUGACCCUUCUGUAUAAUCAUUAUUCUGUGGUAUUAGUUAAUUCUACACUCAGUUUACAUAGAAUAAAGUUAUUAUAUAGAAUAAAUAAAUUAUUCAAUUUUAUCAUACACUGGAUAAAUUUAUUGUUGCCAUCGGAAUAUCAGUGCUAAAUUAAAUGGUGAAAGAAGAA